AUGUCUUUCGGAAAGCUCUACGGUCUCGCUGAGAACGGUCGUACCAUCGCCGUCCUGGUCGCUGCCAAGCACAACGACCUCGACAUCGAGCUGGUCGAGACCAAGCCCAACUCUGCCGCCAACAACAGCGCUGAGUACCUCAAGGUCCAGCCCCUUGGAAAGAUCCCCGCCUUCGAGGGUUCCAAUGGCUUCACUCUCUCCGAGGUUAUCGCCAUCGCCAUCUACGUGACCUCCCAGAACGAGAAGACCACCCUUCUCGGCAAGACCAAGCAGGACUAUGCUUCCAUCGUCCGCUGGAUGUCCUUUGCCAACGGCGAGCUCCUCCCCAAGGUCGGCUCCUGGUACCGCCCCCUCCUCGGUCUCGACCCCUACAACAAGAAGACCGUCGAUGAGAUCUCCAAGGCUGCCCUGAAGACCAUUGCCGUCCUCGAGCAGCACCUCACUGCCAACACCUACCUGGUCGGCGAGCGCAUCACCCUGGCUGAUCUCUUCACUGCCUCCCUCCUGACCCGUGCCUUUGCCACCGUCCUUGACAAGCAGUUCCGCUCUGAGAACCCCGCCGUCACCCGCUGGUACAACACCAUCAUUGCCCAGGCUGCCUUCAAGGCUGUCGUCCCCUCCCCCGUCUUCGCCGAGGAGGUUAUCAAGUACACUGCCCCCAAGAAGGAGGAGAAGCCCAAGCCCGCUGCUGCCCCCGCUGCCGCUGCUGAGGAGCCUGCCCCCGCCCCCAAGGCCAAGCACCCCCUCGAGGCCCUUGGCAAGCCCACCCUCAUCCUCGAUGAGUGGAAGCGCCAGUACUCCAACGAGGACACCCGUCCCGUUGCCCUCCCCUGGUUCUGGCAGAACUACAAGCCCGAGGAGUACUCCCUCUGGAAGGUUGACUACAAGUACAACGAGGAGCUCAAGCUCACCUUCAUGGCCAACAACCUGAUCGGUGGCUUCCACGCCCGUCUUGAGGCUUCCCGCAAGUACCUCUUCGGUGCCCAGUCCGUCUACGGUGCCAACUACGCCUGCGUCAUCAAGGGUGUCUUCCUUGUCCGCGGCCAGGAGGCUCUCCCCGCCUUCGAUGUCGCUCCCGACUGGGAGUCCUACAACUUCGAGAAGCUCGACCACACCUCCGAGGCUGACCGCAAGUACGUCGAGGACAUGUGGGCCUGGGACGUCCCCGUCACUGUCGACGGCAAGACCCUCGAGCACGCUGACGGCCACGUCUUCAAAUAA